CGGGGCCCGGCGGCCUCGGGCAGUGGCGACAGGCUGGGGCGCGGGGUGCCGGGCCGGGAGCACGAAGAAUGGUAUAAAAAUGAAAAAACAUCAACUUAUGCUUCGAAUGUGGCAAGAAAAUAAUAAGGGCUGUUGUGGUGAUUGCUUGAAUUCAGGACUUUACCCUGGGCAGAAAGUUAGAUGAAAACUCUUAUUUCUUAUUUCUGAUAAGCAUCUCUUCUUGGGCACUGGACUUUUCCCAAAAAAGGUGUCCUUUGAAGAAAAAAAUGUGCUUCUUAAAUCAACCCUAUCAUCUCUUCUGUAUGAAGAACUCUUAAGGAAAGGAGCAAAUUAAACUAACAGCUUGUGUGCAGCUCAGAAGAACAAAGAUAUGGAGUUUUGAGGAGUGAAGGUAGCAUGGUGUCGGCCAUGGGUGAUCAAGAUACAGCCAGACAAUGUGGUUCAAUUUCUUCAAACUACGACUUUUCUGCUGUCUGCUUGCAGUGUUGAUGGUGGUGGUUCUGGUCAUCAAUGUUACUCAGGUAGAGUACUUGGACCAUGAGACUGUUUCAGCCACAUUCAUCGACAGUAGUGGACAGUUUGUUUCCUCCGGGGUGACAGGAAUUAGCCGGAAUCCUUACUGUGGCUAUGAGCACCAGACCUUGUCCAGCCAGGAGCGUGUGGAGGAGGACUCCUUGCUGGCUGCCUUGCAGUGGCAGGUCCCUGAUGUGGGCCUUGUCCCAUUUUUGAAGAGCACUGACCCUUCUUCUAGCUACUUUGUCAUUUUGAACUCUGCAGCAUUCUUUAAGGUGGGAAGCCAGCUGGAAGUGCUGGUUCAUGUACAGGAUUUUCAAAGAAAGCCCAAGAAGUAUGGUGGAGACUACCUGCAGGCCAGAAUCCACUCCCCUAAGCUACAGGCAGGAGCUGUGGGCAGAGUGAUAGAUUACCAAAAUGGGUUUUACAAAGUCUUUUUUACUUUGCUCUGGCCAGGAAAAGUUAAAGUAUCUAUAUCUCUAGUCCACCCCAGUGAAGGGAUCAGAGUUCUUCAGCACCUACAGGAAGAAAAACCAGACAGGGUCUAUUUCAAGAGUCUCUUUCGUUCAGGAAGAAUUUCUGAAACCACGGAGUGCAACGUGUGUCUUCCUGGGAGUCAGCCCCUGUGUAACUUUACAGAUCUGUACACUGGAGAACCCUGGUUCUGUUUCAAACCAAAGAAGCUCCCUUGUAGCAGCAGAAUUAACCAUUUUAAAGGUGGAUACCUGAAGGGUCUCCUGACUGCUGCAGAGAAUGCUUUCUUCCAGAGUGGUGUCAAUAUCAAAAUGCCAAUUAACUCCAGUGGACCUGAUUGGGUGACUGUGAUUCCCAGGAGAAUGAAAGAAACUAACUUAGAGCUAUCUCAAGGUUUAGGAACUUUUCCUUCUGGGUAUUACUACAAAGAUCAAUGGAGACCCAGAAAAUUUAAGAUGCGCCAGUUUAAUGACCCUGACAACAUUACAGAAUGCUUACACAGAAAAGUGGUGUAUUUAUUUGGUGACUCAACAAUCAGGCAAUGGUUUGAAUACCUUACUACAUUUGUUCCAGAUUUGGUGGAGUUUAACUUGGGUAGUCCCAAGAAUGUGGGUCCCUUCCUCGCAGUGGACCAGAAGCACAGCAUCCUGCUCAAAUAUCGCUGCCAUGGUCCACCCAUCCGCUUCACAACCGUCUUUAGCAGUGAGCUCCAUUAUGUGGCAAAUGAGCUAAAUGGCAUAGUGGGAGGGAAGAACACAGUGGUUGCCAUAGCUAUAUGGUCUCAUUUUAGCACCUUUCCCUUGGAAGUGUACAUCCGGCGACUCAGGAACAUCCGUCGAGCUGUAGUCCAGCUCUUGGAUCGAAGCCCUAAAACUGUGGUUGUCAUCCGGACAGCCAAUGCCCAAGAGUUGGGGCCUGAGGUGAGCCUUUUCAACAGCGACUGGUACACUUUUCAAUUAGACACUGUCCUUCGGAAGAUGUUCUCAGGGGUUGGAGUAUAUCUUGUUGAUGCUUGGGAGAUGACCCUGGCCCAUUAUUUACCCCACAAGCUACAUCCAGAUGAAGUUAUUGUGAAGAACCAGCUGGACAUGUUCUUGUCCUUUGUGUGUCCCUUGGAGACAUAGCCUGCCAUGGAGGGGGCUAAAGAAAUCUCAUUCAGUGACCUCUUCGAUUGUCUGCAUUACGCAAAAUUUAUGGGGCUCCUUGAGAAGACGGCUGCCAUUGAUAUGUGCAAAAUUGCAUAAAGUACUAGACUUUGUAUAAUGACUUAUAAGAAACUUAGGAAAAUGCAGUUUACAUUUAUAUCUACCUAUAGAAUUUUCCCCAAUCUUGACUUAGCCACGGGAGAACCAUUAUUAAUAGCAUCUAUACACCAUAUUGCCCUUGUAACCAAAGAUGCUAAUAAGUGUGUUUGAUUAACUUCUCCUGGGAGGAGAGAUUACUGUGCUAAAAGUAUGAAAAAUGUUCUGACCCAAAUGGAAGGGAGAAGAUUGGUUGGUAAUGCAGUGUUUGUAGCUAAUCUGGCAAAGGAAAUUGAGCUCAUCUGCAUGAAUAGCAUAAUUGGUCCCUCUUCAGCCAGAGAUCAUCAUAAUGAGGCUUAUAGUUAGUGGCUCCUGUAACACAGUGAAGAUUGCCAUGUCACAGGAGUUUCUCUUGUUGGCUCACCUUUUCUGAAUUCAUGAAAAAAAGCCAGUCUUCUGAUCAGAAUUUUCUAGGAGAAAAUUUACAAUGUCCUGCUUUCAUCUAGAAAAGAAACCAAAGUAUGAAAGCUGUAUAUCUAAAAUUUGUGCUUUGAAUUGAUGUCUGCAUUGGAUGAUUGUUUCUUCUUUGAUUCAGCUAAAUUUGCUUGAUGAAUAUUUAUUCUAAAAUAACCACUUUUGGAACUGGAAGGGGGAAAUGUAUAAAUGGAAAUUUAUUUUUGUGUUCUGAAGUUUGCCAGUUUAAAAAAUUGACUUCUAUAUAAAGAGUGAUAAUUAUUAUAAAGUUGUGGUAAUUAUUUC